CCUUGACCCCGACGUCUUGUAUUGAAGUCUAAGAUAUUUUUAAAAAUAGAAAGUGUGAAAGAGAGUGAGGUUUCGGAAACGCUGGGUUCGUUAGAUUGUCUGAAGAGAAGGUCGCAAUAUACUAAAUUAAGAAGAUGAGAAAAAGUUGCCUAAAAUGGUGGUUAGUUGAAGGUCAAAGUCCAAACCCCAUCAAGGCAAUAGAAUUUAGAAAACAAAAACUGCCGACCAACCCCAAAAGCCAAAAGCCCUUUGGAAAUUCCUUCCACCACCAAACCAAAACUACUCAUCUUGUUCUUCUUCUCUAAUUCCCCUUUUUAUGGUUACAAACUACAUGGAAUAAGGAAUGUAAAAAUAGAAACAAACCAUAACCUAUUCCCCCAAAUCUACAAUCGAAGCUUCAACUUUCUGACACACCUUUUCAUCAGAACUGUACCCAAUCCUUAAAUUCGUCAGUGGGUUCUUAAGGCAUAAGGAAUUAUCAAUAUACUAAAUUCCCCAAUUCAUCUAUCUAAGGUUUUGGACACCACUGCAAUAACGUCUUUGAUGGUUUCCACUUUUACUUAUUAUGGUGUCAGUAUUUCUUAAUAGGCAUUUGAUUUCUGGAGCUUGUGACUUGGGCACAGUAACGUAGAUGGUGUAGAUAGGAAACUAGGCCUUUUGGUAUUGUUAUUGACAUUUAUUUAAUGAAUUAUUUGUGGCUCAGUUGUAUAUGUGAGACUAUGUAAGUGAUGGUAUCAGCUACAAUUAGGCGAAUUGUUUCACCCUGUUGGAGACCAUCAUCUUACACAGAUGAGGUUUCUAGUGGGAAUGGAGAUGGAAGUGGGCGUGGUCGUGUUAAUGGUUUGUUGUGGUCUAAAGAUUUGGGAAGACAUGCCAAUGGUGAGUUCUCAAUGGCAGUUAUUCAAGCAAACAACUUGUUGGAGGAUCAAAGCCAACUUGAAUCUGGCCCCUUGAGCUCAUCUGAUGGAAGUUCUAUAGGGACUUUUGUUGGUAUAUACGAUGGCCAUGGAGGUCCAGAAACUGCCCGGUUUGUCAAUGAACGUCUGUUUAGACAUAUCAAGAAAUUUGCUGCGGCAAAUCAUGGAAUGUCAGCUCAUGUUAUCAAUGAAGCAUUCUUUGCAACAGAAGAACAAUUUCUUUCUCUGGUAGAGAGGCAGUGGCUGCACAAACCGCAGAUAGCGUCAGUUGGAGCUUGCUGUCUGGUAGGCAUAAUAUGUAAUGGGGAGCUCUUUAUUGCAAAUGCAGGAGAUUCUCGAGCAGUAUUAGGUAGAGUGACUGAGGCUACGAAAGAGAUUAAAGCUGUUCAACUAUCCACAGAGCACAAUGCUAGCCUCGAAUGUGUUAGAGAGGAGUUGCGCUCAUUGCAUCCUGAUGAUCCGCAGAUUGUGGUUUUGAAGCACCAGGUCUGGCGCGUGAAAGGUCUGAUUCAGGUUUCAAGAUCUCUUGGUGAUGCCUAUCUAAAGAGGGCCGAGUUUAAUAAAGCACCUUUGUUGGCAAAAUUUCGACUAUCAGAACCCUUUGAGCAGCCAAUCCUUAAAGCUGAACCAACAAUACUAGUACAGAAACUCCUCCCUCAAGACCAGUUUCUUAUAUUUGCAUCAGAUGGAUUAUGGGAACACAUCAGCAAUCAAGAAGCAGUUGACAUUGUCCAGAACUGUCCGCAUAAUGGAGUAGCCAAGAAACUUAUCAAAACUGCACUUUGUGAAGCUGCCAAGAAAAGAGAAAUGAGAUACUCAGAUUUGAAAAAGAUUGACCGAGGUGUGAGGAGACAUUUCCAUGAUGACAUCACGGUUAUAGUUUUGUUUCUUGAUUCAACUUUUUUGACAUGUGCCAAUUCACGUGUGCCCUUGGUUUCGGUCAAAGGAGGUGGUGAUGUUGGUUAUGAAAUUGGUAUUAUAGAUGCAUAGUUCAAGUGUUUUGGCUCAUCAACCCAUCUCAUCUGACUCUUGAAUUUGUUUUCCUGAUGUAAAUUUCCAUCCACUAGUCCCUCUCAUGGGAUAAUAGAAUUAACAACAAAUUUCUUCUUUCUCACACACACUUGUUUGGUUCUCACCAAGAUUAUUACGAUUGAGGCUGGGCCUAAUGAUAGCAGAUAAGUGAUGUUUUCUUUUAAAGUUAUUUGAGAAAAUUGUAUACGUUACCAUUGUCACCGUAACUAUUAGCACAUCAAAACAACUUUGAUUUGUCAUGAGGGUUUAGAAACUUAAUCCUCACCAUGAGUUACACGAGCAUUUAACUCACCUUGCGCACCUA